GCCGCUGGCUGAUGGUACCGCUGCUCAUGCAGGUGUGGCUGGCUGCAUCUCCGUCCCUCAGCGAGCGUCCAUGCCCCAAAAGCUGUCGCUGCGAUGGGAAAAUCGUCUACUGUGAGUCAAGCGCCUUUCGUGAUGUUCCCAAGAACCUCUCAGGGGGCUGCCAAGGCCUGUCCUUACGUUACAACAGUCUGGCGAGUCUCAGAGCCGGACAGUUUGUGGGCCUCAACCAGCUCAUCUGGCUCUACUUGGACCACAACUACAUUGCCUCUGUGGACGUACUGGCUUUCCAAGGCGUUCGGAGGCUCAAGGAGCUGAUCCUGAGUUCCAACAAGAUCACAAUGCUCCACAACACCACUUUCCACCCUAUACCCAACCUCCGCAACCUGGACUUGUCUUACAACAAACUGGCAGCCCUGCAGCCGGGCCAGUUCCAGGGCCUCCGCAAGCUCCUCAGCCUGCACAUGCGCUCCAACUCCUUGAAGAGCAUCCCUGUGCGUCUGUUCCAGGACUGCAGAAACCUGGAGUUCCUGGACCUGGGCUACAACCGCCUGCGCAGCAUCACCCGCAACGCCUUUUCAGGCCUGCUGAAACUGACUGAGCUGCACCUGGAGCACAACCAGUUCUCCAAGAUCAACUUCUCCCACUUCCCACGCCUCUACAACCUGCGGGCGCUGUACCUGCAGUGGAACCGCAUCCGUUCCAUGAGCCAGGGCCUGACCUGGACCUGGACCUCCCUGCAGAAACUGGACCUGUCUGGCAAUGAUCUGCAAGAGGUGGAUGCUACUGUCUACCAAUGCCUGCCCAACCUUCAAACACUCAAUCUGGAUUCCAACAAACUGACCAACGUGUCCCAGGAGACCGUGUCGGCCUGGAUCUCCCUGACCACCAUCAGCCUGGCGGGGAACGUGUGGGACUGUGGCCCUGUGAUCUGCCCCUUGGUGGUCUGGCUGAGGAACUUCAAGGGGAACAAGGAGACCACCAUGAUCUGUGCCGCCCCCAAGGAGGCCCAAGGUGAGAAGGUCAUGGAUGCCAUAGACACCCACGGUGUGUGUCGGCUACCGCCAUCACACCCCUCACAGCCAGCACCCAGCCCACCCCCUCUAAAGGCCCAGACCAGACAGAACACCACCCAGCCUACCCCACGCCCCACACCGGAGCUGGGAAGAGGGGAGAGGGAUCUAGAGUUUGAGCCUGUGUCCUUUCACAAGAUUGUGGCGGGGAGCGUUGCCCUGUUUUUGUCUGUAGCGAUGAUCCUGUUGGUGAUCUACGUGUCGUGGAAGCGCUAUCCCAGCAGCGUCAAGCAGUUGCAGGAGCACUCUGCCGCGGCUCGCAAACGGCGGAAAAAAGCUAGAGAGACAGAGCACACGCUGAGCUCCCCACUGCAGGAGUACUAUGUGGACUACAAGCCCACCAAUUCGGAGGCCAUGGACGUGCUUGUCAACGGGACUGGCUCCUGCACCUGCACCAUCUCAGGCUCCAGGGAAUGCGAGGUCCCGCACCAGAUGGGCACGCUGGCGUAUUACCGGUACGAGCAGCCUAUCGUGGACUACUGCCAGGCCCAUCAGCCCCUGCGGCUCAACAUGGGCUAUGAGGGUCCCCCGCAGGGCCUGGAGGAGCUGGGGCCACGUGAGAGAACCACCAUACAGACUGUAUCGCUGCCCUCUGCUGCCACAGUGGGGGCCGGGCCCCGCUCACCGCCCUCUAUCCUCAGAGCCCCGUCCCAGGUCCCCGGUGGCUCUUUCCCUCCCCAAGAGCGCACCACCACGCUCACCUUUGGACGCUAACAACUGGAGCGAGAGUCUGUCGUUUGAGGUGGGGGGGAUGCCACAGAUCCACCAUGACUCUUGAAUAGAGGGCAAGGGAGCAGGGGGGUUCUGUGGGGCCUUUUUCGGCACAUUGGCAUGGGAUGGCCACAAGGGGGCAGAGGUAAAAAGAGGAGAACAAAAAUGAUAAAUUUAAAAACAUGGCUCGAGGCCAUUGGCAACUGGAAUGUGAUCAUUAUGAAGGCUGAUGCAUCCUGGGAGUUCUGCUAUUAUCUCUUUUUUUUUUUCUAAACACUUCAAAGUGGACCUGCUGCUCCCCUCCUCUUGGCUCCUGGGAAAUAGAAACGUGAUGCAACGUGCAUGACACGUUAAAGCAUCCAUUUGGUUAUAGCUCUGGCCAAUGUGGCGACAAUGCUGUAUGGUGCCUGUUCCAAGGAAUGGAUCAUGGCGGGUCUCUCAUGUUGUGUUAGGAGUGAGAAAGGAAUGUGCAAUAAACUAUGUGUCUGGAGGACAAGAAAAGAAAGAGAGCAACGUCAUGAAACAAAAUAAUGUUUACCAGAACUCAAAGGCUCGCUCUUUUUCCCAUUAAAAUUGCCAGUCAGGGGUCAUAAUGCCAUGGAAAUCAUUAUUUCAUUCAAAUGAGUAAAUUCUCAAAAAAGAAGAAUGUUGUUGUGAGAGAACAAGUAGAUUAUUGUAUUGUUUCCAUACUGUAUUGUCAGUAUGUUCAACGAUGGAGGUCAAGGUCUGAGUUUUAUUCAUGUGCUCAUGUCGUACCAAAGAUGUAUUAUUUUUAUGUACAAUAAUAGCAUUUGUUUUCUUUAUACUUUUUGUUUCUGUAAACAUAACUGGUACACAUUAAAUACAUGCAUUAAAUGGUUUACCUUUUUAUAAAUGUACGUCUGCCAUCUGCAUACAGUAUGUACAAUCUACAGAGGCUGCCGAGUCCUGUGUCUAUAAAUGGAUGAGAGAGCCUACUCAGUCAUCAUUACAAAAAUACAAUUUUAUGGAGUCCGAUAGAAAAUGUAGGAAGCAUGUGCAAUGGGGUGUCAAGAUUUGGCAGCUGGCUCGAGUUGGCCCACCAGAUUAUACUAUCUAUGGUCUGACUAAUUCAUGAGAUGUAUAUCUAUUUCAUUAAAUACUUUUAAAUGGAAUUGCUGGAUGUGAAGUGUUUGGGCAGAAUUAAGGUGUUUUACAUGCUGAUGCUUUGUAAUGCUCAAUUUGAUCCAAUUGGGCAAAGCAAUGAACAAGGAGGUCAAGGGGGUCAACUAAAGGUUGAAUCUCUUACCACCUGUAAAGGCCGAACUAACCAUUUUAUAUAUUUGAUUUCUAAAAACAACGCUUGAUUUUCUUGUAACUGGCCUGUCUGUGAGGUGAGCGGCAGGUAUGCUGGUGGAUUGGUGAUGCACUGCUCCUGUGCUGCCCUCUCCUCUCUACUCCCUUAGAAACGCAGCAGACAAAGAGCCCAGUGCCUCACGGGGGCUUGUUGGGCUGACUGACUGGCACGUUGGUGCGUCUUUGGCAUCCAGAAAAACUCAUUGACUGUUGUGGACUACCACUGGGGAUGGAUAUUGCCUGUUAAUAACACAGCCCUUUGCCAGUAAGUGUGCCUGACUGUGUUUCAACUCCAACCAGAUGAAUGUGGACACUGUCUCUGUUACCCAUGAGCACUAUUGGACAUCCUUUACCGUCAAUUGAUGGAGGUUGAAGAUGGACUGGAUCCUUUGUUGUGGUGGCUUUUCAACGGAGAUUCCCCACCCCUCACUCCCCAUGUCCAAAUCAAUCACACACACUGCGGUCCUUUUUUUUUUUUAUCUGUCAAGUUCAACACCCUGAGGUCUGUAUAAUGGAGGAGGGAGCACAUCAAGCCACCUAUGUA